UUAGAAUCAUGUUCAAAUUAACUAUUCUGGUUUUUAUUUUAUUUACCAAUAAUAGAAAAUCAAUAGGUUUGGAAUUUACCUGUAAUGAUAUAGAAAGUAAAUCUUCAUCUUUAAGACUUAAAAGACAUUUAUUUUGCGAUUAUGAUACCAAUGUCCGUCCUAGUACCGAUGCUCAUAGUACUUUAAAUAUUGGAGUUCAAUUUAUUCCUAAAUUUAUUGAAUUUUAUGAGUGGGACAACAGUUUAGACUUUCACACUUGGUUAAUUCUUACUUGGGAAGAUGUUCAUCUCCAUUGGAACCCUGACGAUUUUGAUCACAUUGACAUCUUUCAUGUAAAAAGUUCCAACAUUUGGAUUCCUGAUUUUUCAGUUUUUAAUUCAGGAGAUUUAAGUUUAGAUCAAAGUGCUAUUCCUUUAACAGAUUGUAUUUUAUCAAGCAAUGGUACUAUUCAAUGUGCCAUAGCUAAAGUAUAUACAACUCAUUGUCCUGCUGAUUUUGCUGAUUGGCCUUAUGAUAAACACAAUUGUACUCUUCAUUUUGGAUCUUGGAUGCACUUUAGUGAUGAAAUUAAUUUUGAAUUUGGAAAUGAAGGAAUUUUAAUGCAUGAAUUUAUUGAAAGUCAUGAGUGGAAUGUAAAAAUAUCAAAUUUAACCAAAUCUUCAUCAUUAUAUCGCACAGAAUUGGAUUCAAUGGUUUUCUUGAGUGUUGAAAUCCAAAGAAAACCAACUAGAAAUACUUUAAUUUAUAUUACGCCAGCAGUAGUUCUUAUGAUACUUUCAUUAAUUUCUUUAUGGCUUGACCCCUGCUCAAUAGAGAGAAUUGCAGUAGCUAGUACUAGUUUUAUAUGCCAUAUUCUUUGCCUAUUUGAUUUACAUUGGUACCUUCCAACAAGUGCAGUCAUCAGUUCUCCUAAAAUUCUGAUCUUUUAUGAAUCAUCACUUGGAAUUGCAGCUUUUACAUUCGUCUUCACAUGUUUGCUCAGAAAAAUCUAUGGAAUUAAGGUUCCACCACCACAAUGGAUUUAUUCUACAGUUUUAAUUGUUCUCAACAGUCCUAUUACCCAAUUUCUUGGAGUUAAAAAUUUCGGAAAUAGAAGAGAAUCUCGUAUUCUUAGUGAUUCUGAAAACAAUGAAGAAACAAGUAAUAAAAGAGAUAAUAUUUGGAUAGAAUGUGCUAAUAUAUUAGAAUGGCUAGCAUUAGUUACAAUCUCUUUAACUUAUGCUAUUUUAUUGAUAGUUCUUUUACCAGCUUCUGAUCAUACUUUUUUCGAAAGAUAUAUUUUUUAGCAUUACUUGUAUUUUUG